AAAAAAAAAAGCCCCAAAAAAGCUGGCCGGGACCGAGAAGCUGCAAAAGCCGACUCAAGGCGAAGAGAGACGGCCCAACAGAUCCGGCGCAACACUCCUCCGACUCGCAACCGCAAACGAGGCAGUACACUUGAAUCCACGCUCGCCGCGGGAAUGCCAAUCGCAAAAAUUGACACACGGUGGACGAGAUGAGCGCGAGCAUCCUUCCGAAAGCCGCGGGGGUCCCGGUGCGGCAGCUCUCGCCGGCGCAAAUAUGCCGUCGCCAGAGGUUAAAACCGUGCGCCAGCCGGCCCUCCCGCGCCGUGGCCUACUCCGUCGUUUCUACGGUUUCCGGUCGGCCAUCUCCCAACAAAGCGAGGGCCCAGUCGUCUGUUUCGCGGCCGAGGGUGUGUCCUUCCCCGACCCCGCCGUUUCGCGGUCCCUGUUCCCCGGUUGCUCACAGGGGACAGCAGGUCUCCUACUUCCACACAACGCGCCGCCUGCUCGCCACGCCGAAGGACCCAUACGGCAUCCUGGGAGUCGACAAGAGCGCGUCGGCAGCCGAAAUCAAAAAGGCGUACUACGGCCUGGCGAAGAAGUACCACCCCGAUACGAACAAGGACCCCACCGCCAAGGACAAGUUCGCCGAGAUUCAGUCCGCGUACGAGAUCCUCUCGGACCCCAAGAAGCGGGAGCAGUUCGACCAGUUCGGCGCCUCUGGCUUUGAUCCGAGCGCCGGCCCCGGCCCGGGCGCCGGCCCAGGCGCCGGCCACCCCUUCGGAGCCGGCCACCCCUUCAGCGGCUUCGCCGGCGCCGGUGGCUUCGGCUCCAACAUCAACUUUGACGAUAUUUUCUCGGCGUUUACGGGCGGCGCCAGCCCCUUUGGGCGCGCCGGGCGUGGUGGGCCGUUCCAGACGGAGAUCUUGCAGGGCGAGGACAUUGAGGUGCAGGUGACAGUGUCGUUCAUGGAGGCGGCCAGGGGGACAACCAAGACCAUCACGACGCUUCCGCUCGUGACGUGCAAGACAUGCGGCGGCAGCGGUUUGAAACAGGGCACCAAGCGGGCGAGCUGCAAGAGCUGCAACGGGACGGGCACGCGGGUGCACUUCAUGUCGGGCGGCUUCCAGAUGGCCAGCACGUGCUCGACCUGCGGCGGCAGCGGCGUGGCGAUUCCGAGAGGCUCCGAGUGCCGCUCGUGCCAGGGCGACGGCGUGGUCCGGGAGCGCAAGACCAUCACCGUCGACAUCCCCGGCGGCAUUGAGGACGGCAUGAGGCUGCGGGUCAGCGGGGAGGGCGACGCACCGCCCACGGGCCGCGCCUCGGGCUCCGACGUGCGUGCCACCAAUGGCGACCUGUACGUCUCCGUCAAGGUGGCUCGCGACCCGCAGUUCAGCCGGCAGGGCUCGGACAUCCUGUACACGGCGACGAUCCCGUUGACGACAGCCAUCCUCGGCGGCGAGGUGGUCAUCCCGACGCUCGAGGGCGACGCCAAGGUGCGCGUGGCCACGGGCACCAAUUCCGGCGACCGCAUGACACUCGCGGGCAAGGGCAUGCCCAAGCUGGGCGGGCGGCGCGGCCGCAUGGGCGACCUCAAGGUCGAGUUCCGCGUCGCCAUGCCCAAGUACCUCACCUCGAACCAGCGGGCGCUCGUCGAGAUGCUGGCCGACGAGCUCGGCGACAAGUCGGCCAAACGUAUCAUGAACCUGCACAGGACAACCUCCGCCGACGCAAACGAUCCCGAGUCUCACAAACACGAGGGCUUCCUCAAGUCCCUCUGGCACAGCCUAACCAACCACCCGGCGCACCAGCAGGGCAAGCAGGAGCCCUCCGAGGGCUCUGACAGCAGCAGCAGCACUGGCGCCAGCAGUUCAAGUACAGACCCCAACAAGCCCGAUGACGGCAAGGGUUCCGGCUCGUCGCCAUGAGAGUCUGUGCCUGGCGAAUUCAGCCUGAUCGAGCUCAGCUGAACUGAGCUGAGUUGAGCUGAGCUGUGGCGACGGGUAUAUGACGGGCGCGGUUGCGCUGAGCUGAGCGACAGACCAGACCAACAUGA